UUGGAACUCUUGGGGUGUGAAACAAGGACUUGGACCUCUAGCAGCUGUAUGCUCCCCGGGGGAUCGGUAGAGCUGGGGGUGCCAGCUGUUUUGUUGUUGGUCUACCAGGAAAUCCCACUCACAGAAGUGGAGUGCCAUACAGUGAGACUAUUUUUUUUUACCUUCUUUCACAUCCUGUUUAUGAAAUGUCUGCUUAAAGAUGCAGCCUGAACUCAGCUAUGGUCUUUCCAUUGCUCUCUGAUCAGAGGUUUUGAUAGAAAAGCCGAGUGUGCAGCAGCACCUGUGAGCUGGGUCCCAACAGUGUGCACAAAGGGACAUCCAGGGAGUUCGCUAGCCUUGCAGGUAGAGGAGAAUCCAUAACAAGAUAGGGAAAGAAAGAAGAGACAAGUUUUCUUUCCAAGUCCAUGGAAAAAUAACUUGCUGGAUUAUCAUCUGGAAACUGUGGAAAGUGCCAACAUGAGCAACGAGAGGCCAGUGAACCCUGGCUCAUCUAUACUGACCGAGGGCCUGAAGAGAAAGAGGGGAAGACCAAAGAAGCAGCCACAGGAGGAGGCUGUGGGACCAUUGCCAGUGAAGAAACCACGAGGAAGGCCAAAAGGAAGCAAGAAAGUGACUACUGUAUCUGGACAAAUGGUAGGACCUUCUGCUGGGAAAAGGCCAAGAGGGAGGCCCCGCAAGUGGCCUCAACUAGUGGUCCAAGAAGGAGUGUCUCAGGAAGGAAAUCCUCAGGGAAGCAGUGACUUGAAUUUGAACUCGGCACCAGCCACACAAGGCAUCACUGGAAAAGAUGGUUCCAGGCCCAGCAAAACUACUGGUCUUAGGAGAUCUCUGAGUAACAUCCCUGCCACAGCUCAGUAGUAUGCCACCUGUUCAUGUCUUGCUGAAGCCAGAGGACUGGAAAGAAAACAGGAUUUUUAAUGUCAUAUUUCAAAUUCUUCCUUUGUGAUAAUUUUGGCCAAGCUUUCUCUCCUGUUGUCUGCUGGCUUACCCCAAACAUCCAAACGGGGACUUAGGGGAAGAAAUGGCAAAUGCUUUGUCGGAGAGAUGCCUUUCACAGUUUGUAGUACACCUUUUGUGAGGAUAUUAAUCUUUCUUAAAAAUACUUGGAUAACACAGUGCCUUGCCCUGCCAUGGACAGCAGUAGUUCAACAGAAAGAUAGUGUUGACUCAAUAAUACAGAUACAGUAAAGGAAACCUAUUUGCACAGCUAAUUGCUGAACUUACAUAUCAUACCACCUCUGGAAGACUGAUGGAGCAGUCCCAAGAGUUAAGUUUUGCUCAGUUGCCUGUAGGGAUUGCAUCUGAAAGACAGUCUUCGAAUCCUUUCUUUACUAUAUCAGAAAGAAAAACCUUUGUGGCAUUUCCAGCUUACCUAAUGCUGUUGCUCCAGUGGUCAGUAACUUGGAUGGUUUAGAGGAAAGUUCGCACCCUGAUGUCUUGGGGAUUGAUUCUGAAAUUUUUAUCCUAGCAUUAUCAGUGCAGGGCCAUCUCCUGUAACUAGCUUUUGGCCUGGUGGCACUUCCCCUGCAUUUGAUAGCAACUCUGAGUGCACAAUGUUUACAAGCUUAGUCACAGCCACUGGAUUUCAUCACUUCAAAGGAGUGUCUGUAAAGAACCAGUUACACAAAGGUUGCUUCCUUGCAGAGCCUCAGGAUUCAAUUUAAAUCAGUUGUAUCGUCAGUCCAUAAUGUGCGUAUGUGGGGUCCUCUAGUGUUGCAGCUAUGCAAAUAAAAGCUUGCUGAUACAGUUUAGUUUUGGGAGACAGCAGUAGCCAGUUGGUCUGAAAUUGUUGCUGCUGCUCUCAGUCUCACAUUGUAUGCAGAUUUGUGCUUUCAGCAUCAGAGCUGAUAGGGCUAAAUUCUGAGGAAUUUAGGGUAUUUCCAAUAUCCAGUUGCAAACAGUGAAAUCCCGGUGGUAUUUUCCAUCCCGUGGAUGCUGUGCCUGCCUAUUAAAGGGACAAAGUGGGUAUUUCAAUUAUCUUUGACAAGAUGUAAAAUUGGCUAGCUCUACAGUGUUAAAUGUUUAAACAGAACGUAAUUGGCUUUAAAUUUAUGGAAGUGCAUAGCAGAAACCCAUGAAAUGGCAGUAUAUAUUGAGCUCAUUUAUUAUCCUUUCAUCGGAAGUCUGUUCCCUUAGCAGGUGUUUAUUUAACACAAGAAAAUGCAUGCAGAAUUAAGAGGAAGAGCUGAUGGGACAGAGAUAAUAGGGGGAAAAAAAAGGUUUUUUUUUCCUUCUAGGUCAUUUUGUCCAGUCUGCCCAGUUUAGUAGCGAUCAGAGUCCCAAUCCUGUUAAUUCUGUGUGUUGUCUGGUUUGCCCUAACAGUAGUUUCUUGUGUAUGGAGUCUGGUGGUCUCAGCAGAAAACUGCAUCACAGAUAACCUUUGUGCCUCCUCUACCACACAGCAGAGAAAUCAAGGAUUAAAUGGAUUAGAUCACAGGGACUGACCUAAAUCUUAUGCUGUAGGAUGAGGCGUGCUGCCAGGUAUGGGAAGAGUUUGAGCCCCUUCUCCUGCUGUGUGGAUAAAUCCAGGUGGGACAUAAUGCAAGCAAAUCUGUAACUGUUGAUGGUUACAUGAGAAGAUCCACUGGUGUUCGUUCCUCUGAAUUUAGGUUAGGGAGCUGCUUUUCUUCAGUGGACACACAAGUUCAGCUGCAGUUCGUGUCUGCAUUCAAAGGCCACUCCAGUGGCAGACCAAGAUAUUUUACCAACUUCUUUACCUGAUUUUCAGGUGAAUUGGCAGGUUUAGUACUCUGCUUGCAAGGCUGUACUGCCUAUUUAAUUAACCCGUUCCCUGAGAGUAACAGCUGUUACAAUGUGAGACUGGAACUUCAGCUUCUCCUAAAUGGAUUAGGGAGUGCAUCUGUAAGAGACUUAAGCUUUUCUUAUGACAUCAGUCAGACCUUUCUAAGCUGGUGGCAUGGAGCAGGGAUGGAAACUGCCUCAGCUAGAUAGUAAAUCCAUUUGCUUUAGGUCAGCAGUAUUCCUCUGGGACAUGCAUACAAAGUACUUCUCUUAAACAAACAAAAAAACCCCAACAAAAAAAACCCCAAACCCCCCCAAACCAAACAACAAUCUAGUCUUUGCUACCUCUUGAUACUCUAUGGGGAAGCCACAGUAGAAAACAUGUCUCCAUAAAAAUGUACGUGCUUGAGGAGAACAAGCAGAAUUCCACACUAUUAGGAGCUAUUCUGUGUGCAGUUGAAAACCCAAUCCAUAGCUUCAGCUUCCAUGUUUAUGCAGAGACUUGGAAUGAAAGUCAGUGCCUAUUAAAGGUGGGCGGAAUUCUAGCCAUCUUCAGAGAGCUAGGAUCUCAUGCUGGAUUACUUGGAUUUUCUUUUUUGAAAUGAUAACGCGUUCCCAUAUAGUUACUUACCUUUUCUGUGUAGCCAAAUCCUACCUCUAAGCAAAUGCAUUUCAAGUGUUUUUAAGCUCAGACAUUUUUGUCUGACUCAGUCAAAAAUAAGAGGUCGUUACAGUUGGAUCAAAACAUGGGAGAUUAAGAAGGUUUGUUAUCCAGCAAAGUUUGGAAGAUUCUCAUAAACGGUUUUGGUGAAGGCAUAGCGUGUUGGCAACUUGCAAAUUAGCCUUGGAGUUUGUUUUUAAUAAAGGUAUAAAACAUA